CAGGCUCGAUCGCUCGCUCGCUCGCUAACGGACUAGUUCGUAAUCUUCAUUGUUGUGUGAGAUCUUGGUGUACUGAGUUGAAUUUCUCGGCCGUCGCUUCCUAUCAUCCCCGUCGCCCAUCUAUUCCUCAAUGACAACGACUACGACGUCGACAGACGAUAGGAUCUAUUGGACAAGGGUUGUAUUGUGUGGAAAAAAUUGUCGCUGCUGAAACAGACGGAAAGCCUUCGGUCGAACGUCACCAGUUUUAGACUUCACCGUCGUCGUCAUCCUUCGUUAUUAUUGACCAUCUACGUCUCCGUUGAUCGAAUGCUGUCCCCAGUGCAAAGAGCGCUACUGCGACUUCUGUUGUCGUUUCGCUGCUGUCCUCCCUUCGAUUUGAUGAUUGAAUAAUUAUUCGAUCGAUCGCUCGAACGGACGAUUGUGCCACCCCCACCAGCACUACUGGAACAACUGUGUUGCCGGCGCCAUCUUUCUAGUUGUUUUUGUUUCAAUUGUUUCCUUGGAGCAACACCUGGAUCGACGCCAUACGAUAGUGUUGGCCGGUGACCGCUCCUUGAGGAAUCUGCGAGAGAAUCCGAGCAAGUGGAUAACCUGGAGCACUUGGUUCGACAUCUCUAUCAAAGGGCCGUUGGUGUGCAGCUGGGAGGCGGAACGAUGCAGCAGCAGGCCGGAGCCCUUUCGCCCAUUUACCUUUGUCAUGUCUGUCAACAAUCGUUCCCAACCGAACGAGCUCUCAGUGCUCACUAUCGACAACACAAUCAAGAGCUCAUGCGUUGCACCCACUGCGGUGCCGGCUUUCAUACGAGCAGUCACCUGACGGUGCAUCUACGAACCCACACAGGAGAACGGCCGUUCCAAUGUCAAUUCUGUGACGCGCGCUUCAUCAACUCGAGUCAUCGGAAAAUUCACGAACGCAUCCAUACCGGUGAGAAGCCGUACGAAUGCAGUAGCUGUCCGAUGAAAUUUGUCAGCUCGUCGCAUCUACGAAGUCAUCUACGAACUCACACCAAAGAAAGACCUUUCGGCUGUGGGAUGUGCGACGCGCGAUUCCUCAACUCAAGUCAUCUCAAAGUACACCAGAGAACUCACACAGGUGAGAGGCCCUACUCAUGUCAACGAUGUGGGCAGAGUUUCGUAAGCACUUCUCAUCUGCGUAGCCACGAGCGUACCCAUACCGGCGAUCGUCCGUUUCGGUGCACCAUCUGCAUGGCCUCAUUCCUGUCGUCGAGUCAUCUACGGGACCAUUAUAAGGUUCACACUGGCGAGGGUCAACACGAGUGUCCAACUUGUAGCGCGAAAUUUCUGACCAAGUCUAGUCUUCGGAACCACGAAAAGGUCCACCGAAGACAAGACGACCCUCCUCUAAGCGUUGAUAGUUCGUCAAAUCACGAGUCCUCGUCAUCGCAUUCGCUGCUGCGUCUGGAGCCCGCAAUAACUAUACAUGAAAGCGAACCUCUUGCUUUGAGUCUCGGGGGUAGUUCGUCGUUCAAUCUGCUUCAAGCCACCGCUGCAUCGACCUCGUCCAACAGCAACAAUAACAACGGAAACAACAGCAGUAGCAACAACAAUAGUAGCAACAGACAUAAAACCAAUGACCACAUGUCUGCGUCUUCAAGUUCAAAGAACAGCAGGAACCUUCCUGCGUCGUAGCUUCAAAAUUGGGAUCGAGAGCAAGUGGUAAGCGCUCGUUCCUAAUCUCAAAACCGAAAUGAAAACCCAAAAGCUAAUGAGAAGCUUAAGACGAGGAACACACAAGGAAUGUCUAAGAACGGUUAUUGUAUUCUGAUAUGGUGAUUAUCAUGAAGAUUCUAUGUCGUGCGUGCGUAUGAGGUAUGCAUCCAUUCCGAUACCGCGGCCAAUAUGAUCACCCCCACCUCGGAUCGCGAUGGUCACGACUGACAGUGGAGUACACAUACCAGAAUGCGAGGAAAUGUACGUUACAUUCAGACAGAUGCCUGUGAUUGUAUCUCUCUCUAUGGUAUGAUGAUAUGAUGUGUAUUUUUCUCUUCUUCUGUCACGGGACUGGAAUAAUCUACAAGAUAUAUUAGCUAUUAUUAUUAUUAUCGAUAUUAUU